ACAGCACAUUUUUUUUUGCAGAAAAUUAGUUCUUUGUCUUUAUAAAAGUCAAAGUAAAUUGCUUAAAAUUACUUUCAAAAUUGUGAUUUAUUUAGUUAAAAUAGAAUUUUAAUGAAGAAAGUACUUGGUUACUUAUUUUUUCAUUGUCGAGUUUUUCAACGUUUAUUGGUAAUACAAGUAACAUAUAAGACCUAGUUAUCUUCGCAGUGGGCGCCGCUCCGAUGCAGACCACCGGAGCAACAGUGACGGGGUUCAGUAGGCCUCCUUGGGGCGCUAUGACUGGAGACAACGUGCAUGACUUUGACUUAGAUCAGCUAGAAGAGGUAGUCAAACAUGAUAUGGAAUCUCGGUUCACACUUGGAGGAAUGUCCCGUAUAAUAGAAGACUCUUCCCAUUCUUUAGUCUCCACGGGCUCCAUUGUACUCCAUAACAACAAAGAUGUGCCUGUCAGUCAUUCUUUAAGAGAAACAUCACCAGGUUCACAUAAACUUGGGGCAUUGGCGGAGUACACUCCAGGAUCACUCCUGCAUGACCAGCCAUCUUCAGCUUUUGCCACAAUGACUCCCACUAUGGUAACCUCUAAAAUACCAAGUCAAAUAGAUGACAGUGUAGUGUGGCUAGCCAAGUCUUUGCGGGUUGAAGGUCUGUCCUCUAAGAAGCCUCUAGACCUACGGCCUCAUUGUGGAUCAGAGAUGAAUGAUACCUGGUUAAUGCCUAGGAACGUCUCGGAGCUUCCAGUACAAUUAAACCAACCAUCGCAGUCUUACCAUAUGAUUACCGGUCUUCGCAAUUCAAGCCAUGCACCAUUUCUCUUAUCAUCUGAACCUCUGAACGAACCUCCUAACGCAGGGAUAGAAUGUUACCAUCCUUCUCUCACAACACAUCACUCAUACAGAGACUCUCAUCUUAAUGACGAAUUGCUUAUUCACAUGUCAGUGCGCGAGCUGAACAAGCGCUUACACGGAUACUCCCGCGAGGAAGUGGCACUUAUCAAAAGAAAGCGAAGGACACUAAAAAAUCGGGGCUAUGCCCAAAACUGUAGGACGAAACGACUUUCUCAAAGGCAUGAAAUAGAGGGAAAAAAUCGGUUACUGCAAGCUGAAGUAACUCGCCUGCGGCAGCAGAUCGAGCGUGCUUGUCACGAGAGGGAUUACUACAAACAAGAAUUCACUAGUAUACAGGUUCAAGAUUUUUCUCAAAGUUCUUUGUCCACUUUCUCCAGCAGUGGGAGAAGCAACCCAAGUUCCCCAGAUUUUUAUAUUUAAUUACUGAAUGAUAUUAUACCGAUCUGAAAAUUAUAAUGGUUGUCACUAUGGUAACUUAGUCGAGCACUCGGAAACACUAAAGACAUGGUAGAGUGUAUCACGUAAUAAUCGACAUCAAGAGACGCUCAAUGCUUGAAAUACAAUGCUUCAUAUUAGAACAAAGAAGUGGUAAACGUACAGUUAAUAGAGUCCAGCUUUCCUUACUAUCGUCAUUAUUUAAUUUAAACACAAUAGGCUCAAUUCAUAAUCAA